GACUCAAGUGGUAGAGCACUAUCUGUGAGUGAAAAAAAGCUAAGGGAUAGCACCCAAACCCAGAGUCUAAGCCCCAGGACCAGUGUGCGCGUGCGCGUGCGCACACACACACACACACAUUCAAGGGAAACCCAGACUGCCAGAAGCAAGGGACAGCUGAGGAAAUUAAAGGACCACACAUUUUCUUCUAAUCAGAAAUUCUUGAAGUCUUCCAGGCUGAGGAUAAAGCCCUUGUCCUAGUAAUUGCUAUUAGAGAAAGAAACCUAUAACCGAAGGCCUUAAUCCCUUUUUGAGAAAACAGAUUUUCUGCUCAUUGAUUUCUCAUGUGGUUGAUAAGGUAUUAAGAGAGAAGCAAAAAUAAAUUCAGUAUCAACAUUUCUCUUUGUUUUCAUUGUACUCACAUGUAUACUCAGUCACAAGGGUGUUGUCCUGUGCCCAAGCACCCAAUAAUAGGACAGAAUGAGAAAUUUGUUAGCCAGAAGGUCUCUUUAAACCCAGCUAAAAAUCUUAACCCAUAAAAUGUCCUUGGCACUCUCCAUUCUUACCAUGUCCUAAGAAUGUGACCUCUGAUCAGUAACCUGAAAAGCACAACUCAUACUUUGGGCUUAUUUUAAAAUUUAAUUGUAAUUCUUAGCAAGUGCUUGAUUUCCCCCCCCCCUCCCCCAGCCAAAUUUAUCUGAGGAAUGUGCUUGUCUGAGACUUAGGAUGGCUGAAGUCUUUAGGUACAUCUGUGACUUGAAUACAGAAACUGUCAUGAUCUGAGGAGAUAGAUUAGAAUUAUCUUCUCUAAAGUACUUCUUAGAUCCAGCUGGCUUUGUAAAACUGAUCUAAAUUGCUUCCAAGAAACAUAGUACAGAAAAACAGCUCUGUAGCAGGCACCUCUUGCCACUGCAGUGUAUUCUGGGUAGUUGCUCUGCAGUAAUGCAGCCCUUUCGUUGCAGUGUUGUUAUUCCUGCUGCAUAAUUAGCAACUAGUGAGAUCAUAGUCUGGGGAGAUUCUGGCAUUACUGAGGCAAAGCAAAGGAAGCUUCUUCAUACCUCAUCACAUGUGGCUUUGGUCUGCACGGCAUUCCUCUUGGGCUGAUUUGUGUGUCUUCCUGUUAACUCAAGUCCAAAAACAGAGGGGAAAGAUUUGAACCUGGGAAAUGAGCUCUCAGACUUCUUGGUUGCAUUGAUAGCAUGUCACAAACACUGUCUUCUAUGUUGCUGUAAACAGUAAAUUAUCAGUUCUUUUACUGUUUUCUUUUAAGAGGGCAUAAAUUAUAAAGCUAUGUUUUCCUCACAUAGAUGAUGAUGAUGACGAUGACGGGCCCAUAUAAGAUUGGGAAAGAAUCUUUUAUUUUAUUUGUCUGUAGUGCUGGGAAUUGAACCCAGUGCCUUGUGUAUGCUGGGCAAGCAUUCUACUACUGAGAUACAACCCAAACCCAAAGCCUCAGUUUCUGGGUUUUGAAGCCAGUGUAGAUUCUAAUCUUGAAUCCUUUCUUUAGUACUACAUUUGCCCUUUUGAGGAGGCUGGUGAGAUUCUUUACACUUUUGAAGAUCUGGGUCAAGGGUUUUCCUGACUGCUGAUGCCCUUUAAAAUUAAAAGCUGGAAGCAGUAUUUCCCAAAAGUGUGUUCCAGAGAUUAUCUGCCUCCUAACAUACUUUGGAAACAGGUUCCACAAUCAGGUUUGUGAAACUGCUUUUUGUGUGUUCUCCCAGCCUUCACCAUGGCUCAUUAGUAUAUUAAAAGCCUCUAAGCGGUUCUGCUCUAAGCAGUUUUCUAAACUGCUUAUUAUGACAUAGCAGUCCUAUUUUUGUGUAAAAGCUAUUAAUAUCCUUGGAACUGGUAUAUUUAAGAUACAUAUUCGGGGAAUGCCAAGCUGUAUUAUCACAAAAAAAAAAUUGGCUCUAACGUUAGGCAAAGCCUAAUUCUUCCUUUGAUCCCAGUUCCUCCCACUGGCCCCUUGGAGAGCUCUCCUGUGUAACCAGAACAGUGGCUGUUAGCCUGGGCUAAAGAUGCCUAAGCCCAGCUGGAUUGGAACCCCAGGCCUUCCCUCCACAGGGAAGGAAGCUGUGGCUACUCACAUCAUUAUGCUAAGAGGGAUUGGGACUAGAGGGGCUGAAGGGAAAGUAAGAGAAUGUUGGCUGGAAUCAGUAGAGAGAUGACAUGAUCUUGAGAAACCAGAUGUUAGUGCUGGGUCAAAUGUGUUUUCUUUAGUUUGAGAGCUGUGUGUGUAGACUUAGAACAGGGUUCUCUCUUAGGACAGGAAUGUUGACAUGUCUUUUCCCUUGGGCAGAAUCCUAAUGCAUCUGGCUAACUGGUGGUGAGCAGGAGCUUUGGGGCCAGCGAGGUGGGCUCCACAAGGAAACGCUCUGAAACCCAAUGGAUGCAUUCACGGGCUCCAGUCUCAAGAGGAAGUUUGACGAUGUGGACGUGGGCUCAUCAGUUUCCAACUCUGAUGAUGAGAUCUCCAGCAGUGACAGUGCUGACAGCUGCGACAGCCUCAAUCCUCCCACAACCACCGGCUUCACACCCACAUCCAUCCUGAAGCGGCAGAAACAGCUACGGAGGAAGAAUGUGCGCUUUGACCAGGUGACUGUAUACUACUUUGCCCGGCGCCAGGGUUUCACCAGUGUGCCCAGCCAGGGAGGUAGCUCCCUGGGCAUGGCCCAGCGCCAUAACUCUGUACGCAGCUACACACUCUGUGAGUUUGCACAAGAACAGGAGGUGAACCAUCGAGAGAUUCUUCGUGAGCACCUGAAGGAGGAGAAGCUCCAUGCCAAGAAAAUGAAGCUGACCAAGAAUGGGACAGUGGAGUCGGUGGAGGCCGAUGGCCUGACCCUGGAUGACGUCUCGGAUGAGGACAUUGAUGUGGAAAAUGUGGAGGUGGAUGAUUACUUCUUCCUUCAGCCGCUGCCCACCAAGCGGCGACGGGCCCUGCUGAGGGCUUCUGGGGUCCACCGAAUUGAUGCUGAAGAGAAGCAAGAACUGCGAGCCAUCCGGCUGUCCCGAGAAGAGUGUGGAUGUGACUGUCGGCUGUAUUGUGACCCAGAAGCAUGUGCCUGUAGCCAGGCUGGGAUUAAAUGCCAGGUGGAUCGCAUGUCCUUUCCAUGUGGCUGCUCCAGGGAUGGCUGUGGGAACAUGGCUGGGCGCAUAGAGUUUAACCCAAUCCGCGUGCGGACUCAUUACCUCCACACCAUCAUGAAGCUGGAGCUAGAGAGCAAGCGGCAGGUAAGCCGCCCGGCUGCCCCGGAGGAGGAGCCCUCCCCGACUGCCAGCUGCAGCCUGACCGGCGUGCAAGGCUCGGAGACUCAGGACUUCCAGGAGUUCAUCGCCGAGAAUGAGACUGCUGUGAUGCACCUGCAGAGUGCGGAGGAGCUGGAGCGGCUGAAGGCUGAAGAAGACUCUAGCGGCUCCAGUGCCAGCCUGGACUCAAGCAUCGAGAGCCUGGGUGUGUGCAUCCUGGAGGAGCCCCUGGCUGUGCCUGAGGAGCUGUGCCCAGGCCUCACGGCCCCCAUUCUCAUCCAGGCUCAGCUGCCCCCAGGCUCCUCGGUUCUAUGUUUUGCUGAGAACUCGGACCACCCGUCUGCCUCGACAGUGAACAACCCAUCCUACUUGAACAGCGGGCCCCUGGUCUACUACCAGGUGGAGCAGAGGCCAGUCCUAGGAGGAAAAGGAGAGCCUGGUAUGGAAGAAGGCACAGCCUCUUUCCCCAAGGAGAAGGACGUGAGUGUCUUCUCCCUCCCUGUUACCUCACUGGUGGCUUGCAGCCCCACAGACCCAGCUGCCCUCUGUAAGCCCGAUGUGGGGAAAGCACCCUCCCUAGAUGCGCUGUUACCUGACGACUGUGACCCCAAGGAGCCUGAGAACGAAGACUUCUGUCCCUCUUGGUCCCCCUCAAGCCUUCCUUUCCGCACAGACAAUGAAGAGGGUUGUGGCGUGGAGCAGAGCUCCCAGCAGAGUGAGGACCGGCCACCCGAAGAGUCUGCCCUAGAACUCCCUCUGGCAGUGUGACGUGGCUGCGCCACACUGCCUCCUGCCCGCUCUCUAUUUAUUCCCUAUUUUAUCUAAGGCCAUUUCAAAACAAGACUGUAGAAGCAGCUGCUGCUCCCAUGUUAUUUUAUUGGGUCUUUGGGGAUACUGGAUGGGAAAGGAUUGUUUAUACAAGUAUUUUUUAAAAUGGAAACAAUACCAGGAGCGGCCCCAGCCUGAUCUGGGGAGUCUUAGAAGAGGCUGCACAGUGCCCAGAACUAAACUUUCUGGGCCAUCAAAGCAAAGAUGUAGGAUCUCACAGGAGUAGCUGGGUAACUCAAGCUGCUGUUCCUUACAUAGGGACCAGAACACGAGAAUUUGCCUGGCAGAGCCCCUUCUCAUCUGGGCUCCAGGCAGGGACAAGCUCAUUUCUCUCAGUGGUUAUUCUGACAGCCCAUCUUGGUGUAUCAUAAUCAUACACUUGGAAAGGUCACCUGGUUGAAUCUACAGAAAAGGUGGAAGGGUCUUGCUUUCUCUACCAAGCCUCCAGGAUGUCUAAAAUUUUAACUUGUCUUCCCCUGAACCUAUUUGGUAAAUAAGUUAAUAUUUAACAUGUUUUGUGUAUUCUGACCUGCUCCCCACACUGGGGAUUCCUGGUCUAUAACUUGAAUUGUUUCUUUCACAUGUUUUUAGGUACUAGAGUUAAGUUUGUCUGUCUUUUAUCCUCCAUCCUUUGACUUUGAAAAUGAAAAAAAGAAAAAGAACUAGAUUGGCCAGGUGUGUGUUUUAAAGAACCUGAGGCUUCUGCAUGUGUCCAGUGCUGUGUCGAGCAGCUUCGGGAGAGGCUCACCCAUCCCAUAGAGCAUUAACUAUGUCCAAAGGAGGCUGCAGGAACAGCCUGCUAUCUGGAUAGAUGACUUUAUUAGUCUCAUGCCUGCUUUUUCAUCAGCUUCCCCCACUUGGGAAGAUUUGAGCUUUAAGUGGAAUGUAAAAUGUGGCAAUCUAAGGUCAUCAACUCUUUCUGUUUUUGUUUUUCUUCUACUCCUUGUCCUUGGAUAUAUACAGGGUUAGAGUUCUUUCAUUAUUCAGUUCUACAGUAAGAACUGCAGAUGUUUAUCAGAUACCUUCAUCUGGAUGAUUUAUGAAAAUUGGGAGCCAAACCAAUUACUUCUUAAAUGCUGUAUUACAGCUCCCAGGUUCCACUGAAUUCAAGAUCUGAUUAUAUUUGAAAUGUAUAGAAUGCAAUUCAAAUUCAAUCCUUAUCUUUGUCAGUUCUUGUCUCCUGUCCAGCUUAUGUUCCACAGUCUCCAUUGAACAACAUUGAGUUCUUUUAAUUGGCGAUGCUAUCUUUGCCUCUUGUACCAUGGAGGCAGCAGGAGGCAAACACUAUUGUUCUCUAGCAUCUUUAUGCCAUGCUUCAUUUCAGAAAAGAAAAAAAUAAUGCCUUUUUUUUGGUGGGGUACAGGGAGAUAGCAGAGUCCUGGUGUCUUAGAGCCAACUUCCAUGUAUGUGGUGGCAAUACUCAACCUAUGUGAUCUCUGAACUCUGAAGCCUGAAGGGCAUUCACUUAAUCCAGGUUUUAACUCAUUCUGCCUUUCCUGUUCUUUCCUGGUUUUGCCUGGCUUUCUGUUUAGAGGAGCAUCCUUAAGUACAUACAGGUCUUUAUCUCGCUCUGUUCCUUGGGCUCACAAAAUUUAGUCCAUGAGAUGUAGAUGCUAUUCCACGUAGUCUAGAACUGCCAACACAAGUCUGAAUUUUAAUUGGGAAUGCAACUUGAAGGAGAAAAUAAUCGGAAAGUUUGUUGAAAGGGGUGCUCUGCACAUUGCCUCCUUCACAAGGCUACAGCUUAACUUAGGACCUGGAUUCCAACUACAUAUUAAGAAAUAUAUUAACCUUUGGAGUCAUGAAUUAAAAUUUGUAAUUAUAAAACUCAUUUCCAACCCCUAAAGUGUUGGAUAUUCCUGCAAAACUCUAGUUUCUUAAUCUAAGUCCAUUCCUUCAUUAACUGUAUAAUUCUGAUGACACUGACCCCAAACUUCUGAGUGCUAAACAUUUAGCAUUUAUUUAACAUUUAUUGUCAAGCAAAAGGCCUUUUCUACAGCCUAGUCCAUCUCAUUUCUGGUGCUAUCUGAGUUGGACAAAGUUAUAACUCAUGGUUGCUAGCAAAGCAAGGCCCUGAUCAUACAAGCAGAUCAUUUCUAUCCACUCAUCUAGGCCUAGAUGAAAGAAAUGACCACAACUCUGUUAUUUUCCAGUUCCUUUCUCACACACUGUACACAGGUAGUAUUUUCAAUGUGAAUCCAAAGCUUGUCUGGUUCUCUGAGAACAAUUUCCCCAUUAGGUUCUUUACAUUGUGAUAAUGCUGUAUUUAAAGAGAAUAUUUAAAUGUAAUAUUAAACAAAUAUUCAAAAG